GGAGGGGAAAGGGCAAAAAGGGGGAAAAUAGAAAAAUAGAAAAGAAAAGAAAAGAAGGAAACCUUAGCCCUCCAUCAUCUCCUCCUCUCCCUUGCAACUGCCGAUCGCUUUCCGUCAGCUCUCGCCGGCGACCUCACCCGCGAGCAGCAGCGUCGAAGACGGAAUCCGACGACCAAUCCUCGCGCAUGACCGAUGCGUUGCACGUUUCCUUGCUCCACGUUCGACGUCGGAGCUAGCCUGCAACAUGAACACUCACUUUGAACAAGUUUCGAAGCAUCGUUUCUUCUCCGUUUGAGACUCCAACGUGAAUAAUAAGUUGUGCAUCACGUUUUCGACGACUGGGUGUCUUGCAGCAGUUCUUUUGAUUUGAGGAUAAGCUUUCGACUGUUACCCACACUUGGAUUGGCUUCAAAUCAGUUUACCUAUAACGCAUGGUUCACCAACCCAUGGGAAUAUGAUCUAUGUUUAUGAGACCAAUGUGUAAUAAUUAAGAGCUCCAUCUCAAAUCCUCUGAAAAUGGUGGUAUCUGGCGUUAUUAUUGAUCUGGAUGGCACACUUCUACAUACAGAUGGCAUCGUGAACGAUGUUCUAAAAUAUUUUUUGGGCAAGUAUGGAAAGCAAUGGGAUGGAAGAGAAGCCCUAAGAGUUACUGGGAAGACACCAUUCGAGUCUGCAGCUGUUAUUAUUGAAGAUUACGGGCUUCCUUGCUCAUCAACUGAAUUGAUGUCACAAAUUUCCCCUUUGUUUGCAGAGAGGUGGUGCAACAUUAAAGCACUUCCAGGAGCAAACCGGUUGAUUAAACAUUUCACUAGUCACAGAGUGCCCAUUGCAUUAGCUUCAAACUCAAGUAGGGAAAACAUAGAGUCCAAAAUUUCUUUUCAACCGGGCUGGAAAGACUCAUUCUCUGUGAUAAUUGGUAGCGAUGAAGUUGCAAUGGCCAAACCAUCUCCUGAAAUAUUCCUUGAAUCAGCCAAAAGGUUAAAUCUUGAACCCUCGAGGUGCCUCGUAAUUGAGGAUUCUAUUCCAGGUGUUACAGCUGGUAAGGCUGCCGGGAUGAAGGUGGUUGCUGUGCCAUCCCAUCCAAAAAAGUCUCAUCUUUACUCUUCAGCGGAUGAGGUGAUCAAUUCACUGCUUGACUUUCAGCCUCAGAAGUGGGGCCUACCUCCAUUUGAAGACUGGAUAGAGAACACCUUACCAAUUAAUCCUUUGUACAUUGGAGGUCCCGUCAUCAAGGGAUACGGGCGUGGCUCAAAAGUACUUGGGGUUCCUACAGCGAAUUUAUCUACAGAAGGAUAUUCAGAUGUCCUUUCAGAACAUCCAUCAGGCGUUUAUUUUGGUUGGGCUGGUUUAUGGAGAAGAGGCAUCUUUAAAAUUGUCAUGAGUAUUGGUUGGAAUCCAUUUUUCGACAAUGCAGAAAAGACUAUUGAACCAUGGCUACUCCAUGACUUUGAUGACGAUUUCUACGGUGAGGACUUGAGACUUGUUGUAGUCGGAUAUAUUCGGCCAGAGGCCAACUUUCCUAGCCUUGAGAGCCUGAUAGCCAAGAUUCAUGAGGAUAGGAGAAUUGCAGAUAGAGCUCUUGAUCUUCCAUUGUACUCCAAGUAUAGGAACGACCAAUACCUGAAGCAGCAUGAUGCUUAGAGAUGGCAUGCUUUAGGAGUUUAAAUUUAUGCACCAAAUUAACACUAUUCCCAACUAUACAGUUUUAUACACUCCUAUUGCAAUAUUGCAAAAUUGCAUCUCUUUUUAAUUUUAUUUUUAAAUUUAAAGUAUCAUCAAUGUAAGAGUGACUAUUUGAAGUCCCGACUUCAAGAGAAAGGGUGGAUGCUUUAAUCGCCAAGUUAUACUUAUGUUGGUGCCUUUUUACCUUUA